AUGCUCCGCUCCUCCUUCGCUUUCAUCCUGGCCGCCGACGCGACAAGCGGCAGCUUUCUUGCAAUUCUUGCCGCCAGCGAAAGCGAAAGUGUGACCGCGGAAAACCUUGUUCCUAUUGCAUUAACUGGCUUUAAAGAAUCAACCCACUGGACCUCUGUUCUGAGUGGCGUGACAGAGGCGGAGGACCAAGGCGCGAUGCAAUCGGAGACUGCAUUCGACGAUGGUUCAUCACCACUCGAGCAGAAUGUCCUCCUCUUUGAAGGAUGCAAACACGCCACUGACCAAGAACUCCUCGAUUCGAUGCCGCCCAGGAGAGAAUCCGACGGCUUGGUCGCACUCUACUUUCGGGCUCAGGAAUACCGAUCUGUAAUACACCCGACUGAGUUCUUGAAGAGAUAUAACGCGUUCUGGGAGAAUCCUAGCGCUACAUCCGUCUCCUGGCUCGGCCUCUUGUACAGCAUCUUCUGCCUCACUAGCCAAGUUCAGAGCCAGGAGAGCGGCCUCUCGAGAGCCCAGAACAACGCGCCAUCCGUCUGGUCACCCACAGCCUUGUAUAAGAUACUGGGCUAUCGAGAAAAGGUCGUCCAGUGCCUCGUCCGAGUCUGGCUCUUGAUGGGCAACAUUGUCCAGAUAGCUAUCCGCAUGGGCUAUCAUCGAGACCCGCAGCACUUCAAGUCCCUAUCCCCCUACCAGGGCGAGAUGAGGCGCCGGAUGUGGGCUAUGAUAUACUCGCUUGACAUAGGAUUCUCAACGCAGAUGGGCCUUCCGAGCAGCAUCAAGCACUCGCUCAGCGACACUAUGCCGCCUCGAAACCUCCAGGACCGCGACUUUGACGCCAGCUCGACUGACCUGCCGCCCGAGAGACCCAUCGACGAACUUACCUCGAGCACCGUGAUCCUCGCCAAGCUUCACGUCGCCACCAGGAUCGGCGCCGUAUCAGACUUGGUCUGCAAUCCUCACCCGCUAUCAUACGAGACCCUCGUCGCGGCGAAUUCAAAACUAGACGUAACUUAUGCGACCAUUCCCGACCCAUGUCCGAAUCUCUUCUGGACCCUCCAAGCGUCGUAUUUCAGAGCCCGGAUCCUCGUCAACUGGAAGUUUCUCGGUACCUCGAAGGAUACGACUGGCAGCAACCAGUGCUGGAGUAUCGUGAUCGAGGCAGCCUUGGAGAUCAUGCGGCUGCAGCACCGCAUGGCGGAGGAGUACGAGGUCUUGGACGCGUCCCGCCCUACUGGUAUGGUCGACUCGUGUUUCAUAAAUAAUGGGUACUUUCUAGCCGCAAGUAUUGCAUGUUUCCUUGUGCAGCAUCGCAAGGACAGGCUGUCGGCCCAGGAACUGUUGGAAGUGCGAAGCCUGCUGGAAAAGAGCCUAGCCAUCUGGAGCCGCACAAACGACUUGUCCAGAGAAGCAAGCAAAGUAGUCACAGCUCUGAGGGUCGUACUUGGAAAACCCGAGGAGCCCAGUACACAUUCUACAAUAGAAGCAAGAGCGUCGCGUCGAGCAGGCGGAGGUGAGAACCCAGAUCAUCCUCCCAAAGAUCCGGAUCUAACUAAGCUUGCGCGCGCCGUCCCAGAUACGUUUGGCAGAAGUCAGAUGGCGUUUUCUAGUUGCACCUCUUUAUUUGAUGACCUGCCUUUGUUGAUGACAGACGUCGACACUGCGACGUUUCCUUCAAUGCCCUCGAUUCCCAUUCUAGACUACUGGCCGCAGGUAGAUGGGAGCAUUUAG